AUGGCAAGCCACGACGACAAUGACGGCGACGACACCACGGAAAAAGCAGCGAGCUACAGCCAGUUCGCGUGCAUCGGGGCGGGCUUCUCAGGGAUCGGACUGGGGGCCAUGCUGGAGCGGCGGCACGGGACCGGCGACGCAGGCGCAGACGUGCGCAUCUUCGAGCGCGCGAGCGGCCCCGGCGGCGUGUGGGAGGCGAACCGCUACCCGGGGAGCGCGUGCGACAUCCCCGGCGUGCUGUACAGCUUCUCCUUCGCGCCCAACCCGCACGGCGCCGCCACGUACCCGACGGCCGCCCAGAUCCGCGCCUACUUGACCGCCGUCGCCGCCAAGUACGGCCUGCUGGAUCCUGGCCAGGAGCGCAUCACGUUCAACGCCACCGUCCAGCGCUGCGAGUGGCUCGACGGCCCGCGGCGCUGGCGCCUGCGCGUGCGCGACAGCAGCAGCAACGGGACCGUCUUCACCCACGAGGCGCAGUUCCUGUUCGCCGGCACCGGCGUGCUGGUCGAGCCGCGUGCGCUUGACGUGCCGGGGCUCGACGCGUUCCACGGCGCCGUCAUGCACUCGGCGCGAUGGCGGGACGACGUGGCGCUGGCGGGCAAGCGUGUCGUCAUGUUCGGAAACGGUUGCACUGCUGCACAGAUCGUGCCGGCCCUUCUCGCUGGCGGCGCCGCGCACGUCACCCAGGUAGUCCGCUCGCGCCACUGGGUCGUGCCGCCCGUCCGCGACUCGCCCGUGCUGCGGCCGCCGACGACGGCAGAGGCGGAGGGUAGAGGCAGUGCGGCGUGGGCGGCGCGGUGGCGGUGGCGCCUCCAGCGGCUCGUUGUGGCGGCCGCUGCCGAGGUCGAGUUCCUGGCCUUCCGCGGCACUGCGGCCGCGGACCGGCUCAACAGACGCCGCCGCGCGCGCGCCGAGCGGUAUAUACGCCGCACGGCGCCGGCCGAGUACCACGAGCUGCUGGUGCCCGACUUCAAGAUCGGGUGCAAGCGGCGCAUCUUCGACCCGGGCUACCUGCGCAGCCUGCACGCGGCCAACGUGACGCUGACGGAUGCCGGGGUCAGCGAGGUCGUACCCCAGGGCAUCCGCGCGGCGGCCGACGGCACCGUGACCGAGGCCGAUGUCAUUGUGCUGGCCAACGGCUUCGAGACGAACAGGUUCCUGGCCGGCAUCGACGUGCGCGGCCGCGGCGGCGAGUCGGUGGUUGAUCACUGGGCCGCGCUCGGCGGCCCCGGUGCGUACGAGACGGUGGCCAUGAGCGGGUUCCCCAACUUCUUUAUGCUGCAGGGCCCCAACACCAUCACCGGACACACGUCGGUCAUCAUGGCCAUCGAGAACGCCCUCGCGCUGGCCCUGCGCGUCAUCGAGCCUGUGCUUAACGGCGAGGCCGCGGCCGUCGAGGUCACGCGGGCCGCAGAGGCCAAGUACGUCGCGCAGGUGCAGCGCGAUUUGCAAAGCAGGACCGUCUGGUCCCACGGCGGGUGUCGGAGCUGGUACCAUGAGUGGAACGGCAUCAUCUAUCCGUACUAUCAGCUGCACUUUUGGUACCGCUGCCGCUUUCCAACCUGGAGCGACUGGGCUUUUCACGAAGACUUAGCAACUCGCGCCAAGAAGGCGGCUCGCCGCCGCACCAACGCCCUCCGGUUGUUCAAACUGGUUUCGGUGUUUGGGGGGCUGCUUGCCCUGGCUAUGUAUUCAUCUUAUCACAACGAGAGGACGGCUGUCGGUGGGGCGUGGUCAGGGUCUCUCGCCUCGGUGGCUGGUUUCUUCCGGUCACAGAUGAUAUAG